UCACUCCCACCGCCCCACCCACCCACUCACCAUCAUCCUCACCACGCCAUCACCACCACUCACCAUCCCCACCACCACCAUCAUCACCAUCACCACCACUCACCAUCACUACCACCCACUCCACGAAUCAGCGUCUCCAUUAGCGCAAGUUGUGAGUUGUGAGGCUCGCAGCGAUGGUGCUGGCUCUGGUGCUCACCGUGAUCCUGGGCGGCCUGGCGUUUGCGAUAUUCAUGCUCAAGGGGUUAUUCUUCGGAGGCUCGGCGGCCAGCAAAGACCCCGUCACUCUCAAAGAUCCCAGCAUCAAGUACCCGCUGCGUUUGGUCGACAAGGAGAUCAUCAGCCACGACACGAGGAAGUUCCGCUUUGCACUUCCGUCUCCGCAGCAUGUGCUGGGACUGCCCGUGGGUCAGCACGUGUACCUGACGACCAAGGUGGACGGGAACCUGGUGAUCCGGCCCUACACGCCGGUGUCGCGCGAUGAGGAUAAGGGCUACGUGGACCUCGUGGUGAAGGUCUACUUCAAGGGCGUCCACCCGAAAUUCCCAGAGGGCGGGAAGAUGUCCCAGUACCUGGACCAGAUGAACAUCGGCGACGGCAUCGACUUCCGCGGGCCCAACGGCCUCCUGGUCUACAAGGCUCCAGGAGUCUUCGCCAUCCGGCCCGACAAGAAGUCGGAGCCGCAGGACCGCAAAGUGCGGCGGCUGGGCAUGAUCGCAGGCGGCACGGGAAUCACUCCGAUGCUGCAGCUCGUGCGGCAGAUCGUGAACAAUCCCGCAGACAAGACCACGUGCCACCUCAUCUUUGCCAACCAGGAGGAGAAGGACAUCUUGCUGCGUGCCGAGCUGGAGGAGGUUGCGGCUGAACAUCCGCAGAAGUUCAAGCUGUGGUUCACACUCGACCGCGCACCACAGGGCUGGGAGUUUGGCCAGGGCUUUGUGAGCGCGGCGAUGGUGCGCGAGCACCUGCCCCCGCCCUCGGCCGACGUGCUCGUGCUCAUGUGCGGACCGCCGCCCAUGCUGCAGUUCGCGUGCAACCCCGCGCUGGACGAACUGGGAUACGCCGCCACGUCGCGUUUCGCCUACUGAGGUCGCGCGCGACGGGACGACGCCGGGCGGGGGGCGGGACAGCUCCUCGGCCGAUCGUCGAGACCGGCGCUUGUCCGCCCGCUUACCAAGUCGCUCACUCAUCUACUCCCACAGUGAGGUUGAGACUUGCUUAUUCGCUCGCUCACUCGCGCACAGACAAAGUCAUUUCAGGCAACCCAUUCUCCCUGAGACACUCGCCCACUCGCACACGUCGAUUCACCCAACCGUCGUUCGCUCACUUCCCACAGUGAGGAGACUCACUGGCACACACUUACUCACUCACACUCACUCACACACACUUACUCACUCACACUCACUCACACACACUCACUUACACACUCUCUCAUACACUUACACACUCACCCACUCUCAUACACUUACCCACUUACACUCACUCUCAUACACUCACACACUCUCUCACUCACCCUCAUACACUUACAUACUUACCCACUUACACACUCACCCACUCACUCUCAUACACUUACACACUCUCAUACACUUACCCACCCACUCACUCUCUCACCCUCAUACACUCACACUCACCCACUCUCAUACACUCACCCACUCACUCUCAUACACUUACAUACUUACCCACUUACACACUCUCAUACACUCACUCACACUCACCCACUCACCCUCAUACACUUACCCACUUACCCACUCACCCUCACUCACUCACUCACUCGUACACGUAUUCACCCAACCAUCCGCUCGCUUAGCACCCGUGUAACGGCUUGCAAUGUUGACGGCGCUAUAGAAAUUGUCGUUAUUAUUCUUCGCUCUCAGACGCCGCUGUUGUUGUUUUUGUUGCGUGCGUCGAGACCAGCGAAGCAGGGCUCACGGCGAGGCUAGGGCAGAGCGCUACUUAUGCCACUGAACGUGAAACCACGACGAGACCAAAAAGCUAACCUUGCAGAGGUUUCGGCUCCUCAUCACAUCCGUCCAUGUCUGGCCAAAGCGUCAUUUGCAAUGACCCCUAACCACAGCCCAACCCGAACCUCGGCACUGUUUGUACUGCCGCCUUUGCUAGAUUUUUUCUGGAUUGCGCUUAACUGGGUUAGAACUACAUCUGGGAGGUGAGCGGUGACUACGGUGAAGUGCGAUCCAUCACUCACACGACAUUGUGUUCUCGAGUGUGGGACUAUGCGAGUCUGUGGGUGUCUGUUUCGAGUCGAUCUCUGGGUUCUCUGUGCGAGUUGUUCUGUCUUCUGUGCGAGUCGUAUGAGCGUAUGCAGGUCUCUGGGCGAGUCUGUGGGUUUUGUCUGUAUGGAUUUCUGUGGGUCUCUGUGUGGGUCUUAGUCUAUGGGCCAAUGCAAGGCGGUGGUUCUGUGCGAGUCUGUGACUGGCGAAUUGCAAUUCAUUGCUCGUCAUCGCGCACAAAAAAUAUGGAACCCCAUCUGGCUAACAGCGGGCACCAUCAUAAUUGGCUUUUCCAAACUCACUCUGCAGUUACAGACCCAGUCUGGUGCUGUUUCAAACAGGGCAAACAAAGGUGCCUAUUUGUCUCUAAUCCUAACCUGGACCCAAACUCCAACCUCGAACCGUGAGCCACACUACUUAGAUCUGUCGGCCUCCCAGUUCAGUUUGUGCUGAAAUCUACUCCCGAAUUCCGUUUCUGCACGCGAACGAUCCCAGGGAGACGUGGUCUUCCGUUGGGGAGAUGUGCAAACAUUCAAAACGCGGGAGUGGCUCGUUGGUACCUUGGAAUGGAGUUUGCGAAUGACGGAUUUUUCUCUUUUUGUACACGAUUUCCUUAAUUUCUAAUUAAGCCGAGCCUCGUGCAGGAUUAACUUAAAUAAACGCUACACGUGCAUUCAAA